AUGGCAUUCGACGCACGCAAAGCGUGGGUCAAAAAGAAGGUGAUGGGGGCCUUGAAACUAGAAGAUUUAAGCUUGUGGAAUAGCCUUAUGGCCAGAGUGAGCCUGGAGUGUCUACGUCGCGCAUUCACUGCAGCUGCCUUCCCUGGCGGCAAACAUGAGACACAGUCUGACUUCAUACAUUUAUAUAAUUCCUACGCUCCUCUGCUGGAGAUGCAAAAUGGCCCUUUGCAGUUCUCAAGUGGCUCAAAUGUCCAAGCGUACGCGCUGAGACUCUGCUCUGGACCAAUUAAUUUGACUGGCAAGGGCAUAGACUCCAUGAAUCGCUACGUCCUUGUUGGCCUCAUUAGCCCUCACAUUCUCACCGAUCUCGCCCUCAUUUUAGAGGGCUUCUUGGUUCCUCUUCUCUCCGACCGGCCUGAGCAGCACAAUCACGACAGCGCGGAAAAAAGUCCUCAGGAAGUUGCAGAUGACGGAAAGCCGCCAACUGCGCAACUUUUAAAAGUUGGGGCUCGAGAAAACUCUGCGGCUUCGACUUACUCACACGUGGAAGAGAAUGAUUCGGCUGACAGUGAGGACAGUGACGACAUAGAAGACUUUCUAUCCUCUCAGUCAUCCAGCAGACGGGAGUCAACAUCGGCAGCCGAAGGAACGACAGUUGCUGCUCAAGAAAACUAUUCUGAACCACCUGCAGGAGCUUACAAUGCAGCUGAAGAUAUAACCAAUGACACUGCUUCAGAUGAUAGUUCCCCCGUGUUCGAUCCAGAGUGCAAAAGUGAGGCACUCACCGCAACUCAAGAGCUGCUUACGCACAUAAAGAUGGCUUCAAGCAGAAUAGCAACUCCGCUUCCAAUGCCCACUGUCGACGCUGCCACCCAAGGUGGCCAUGAAGGUAUAGCCGAUGAGUCUACGUUGGAAGCGGCAGUAUCACAGUGGCAAACGCUGAUCUGGCGCCUGUUGGAUUCUGAGAAAAAUCGAAAGCCGGAUUCCCUCCUGCCGAUAUCUGAGGUCAACUUUUGGAGAGAUCGACAUGCUGCAGUCUCCUUACUCUACGAACAGCUUCUCGCACCGCAAUGCCAAGAGGCAAUACAAACUUAUGAAGAAAAAAGGCCAGAUUCUGAAGCGCUCAUGUCUUUCAAGAACUCCAUGAACGACCUUCAGCUUCUGCAUGUGGAAUCCACGAACAACCUUCGUUUUCUGUCGACUCUUGAGAGAUAUUUCACUACUCUUGAAUCAAAACCGCUGGGCCCCAUGGCUGAUACUAUUGCCUCGCUCAUGGAUGCUUUGCGAAUGGUGUGGAUAACAUCUCGGCACUUCACUAGUGAUGAACAGAUGCAGGGUCUGAUGGAAAGAAUCGCGUACCAGCUUGAGAUCCGUGUUCGGCAAGAGGCUCGCGUGGAACAGCUUCUGAGAAAAGAAGUGGAUGAAGCCACCACAGUACUACGGCAGUCGCGUGACUUGCUGGAAACGUGGAAAGCUGAGUACUUCAGCAUGCGCUCUCGCCUCGAAGAGUCUGAAUGCGACCGACGGUCAGUUCUUCACAAGCGUACAAAGCUAAAUUAUUGGAUCGACAAUGCUCUUGUCGGGCUAUUCGAUUCUGUUUCCGAUAAAAUUUUCUGCGAGAACAGCUCAGAAGAUGUUCUCAACGUUGUGAAACAAUUUUGGCAACGUACGGAGGAACUGGAAGAUGACUGCAUCAUGUUUCUGGAUACAAAGUUUACCAGGCUUCGUUCUGCUCUGAGUGCUUUUCAAAUGCUGAAGGACUUCACCACUACGGCAAGCAGACCAAGGAUCAACGUAAAGCUCGGAGAGAAGUUUGUGGACAUUCUCAAGCACUUCAGUAUGUGA